AUGGCUCCGAGGAUCUUCAUCACCGGCGCAACUGGCCUCAUCGGAGGCGAUUUCCUACACAUAGUUGUGGAAAAUCAUCCGGACUGGGAAAUCGCCGUCCUUGUCCGGGACAUCCGCAAGAUCGGCUUGGAGAGCAGGAAACCUAAUGUUGUCUUAAAUUUCGCCAACUGCGACUACCUCCCCGCUGCGGAAGCCAUCAUCCGAGGUCUAGCCCAGCGUAAAGAGCAGGGCACGGUGAUCCACACCUCCGGCGCCAAGAUCAUCGCCUGGGAGAUGGAAGCCCAGCCCUCGACCUGGGGCCAACUGAUUCCGCGCUACUACAAUGACCUCGAGGGCGUCGCGGAGCUGACCAGUCUGCCCUCCGCCGCCAACCCCGAACCCACCGGCUACGACCAUGUGCUCCCCAACUGGGCGGCGCAUCGCGACAUCGACAUGGCCAUCCUGCGCGGCCGCGAACACCCGCAGAUCCGCACCGCCAUCGUCUGCCCGCCGACCGUCUACGGGCCCUCGCGCUUCCCCGGCUUCACGCGCUCGAUCCAGGUGCCCCGCUUGCUGAACGUGAUGCUCCGCCGCCGACAGGCGUUCACCAUCCACGGGAACGAGAACCGAUGGCACAUGGUGCACACGCAGGACAUUGCGCGGAUGUACUUGUCACUGACGGAGGCGGCGGUAGAUGAGCACUCCCCAAGGGAGCUGUGGAACGAGCAGGGAUACUAUUUCGCGGAGCAUGGCGAGUUUGCGUGGGGGGAUGUCAUUCGGCGACUGGCGGAGUUGGGGUACCAGAGAGGAUGGCUGGACUCGCCGGAAGCCGAGGAUCUGCCGAAUCAUGUCGUGCAGCGGUUCUGGUAUGGCGGCCAGAUGGAUGUGAGCUCCACGAGUUUGGGGGUUGCGCGCCGCGCCCGGGAGAUGCUGGGCUGGACGCCCGUGGAGGCGGAUAUCUUCUCCGAUCUCGAGCGUAUGUUGGAUGUUGAGGCUACGUUGUUAUGGCUGAAAUCGGAGGCUGGAGCUCCGGUUUGA